AUGGCGUCUAGACUGGCGAGGAGUGCUGCUGGAGCUAGCAAACUCCGCGCAUCGACUUCUCUCCCAAUCCGUGCCCUUCCAACCCUCACUGCCAGCACGCCCUUGACCUCGAUCCGUCAUCAAUCCUCCUCGAACGUGCCCUCGCAAGAUCCGAAAAAGACAGCUCAAUCCAUCGUCGAUGCUCUCCCAGGGUCUUCCCUCGCCAGCAAAACCGCCAUUCUCUCCGCAGGCGCUGGAAUCUCAGUCUGGGCAAUCAGCAAUGAGCUCUACGUCGUAAACGAGGAGAGCGUCAUCGCUUUCUGUCUGCUGUCCGUCUUCUACGGCAUCUUUAAAUACACCGGCCCCAUGUACAAGGACUGGGCGGAUGGCCAAGUGCAGAAAAUCAAGGAUUUGUUGAAUGAGGCGAGAACGAACCAUGCCAGUGCCAUUAAAGAGCGGAUUGAGGAUGUCAAGCCUUUGAACAAUGUGGUCGAGAUUACGAAGCAGCUGUUUGAUGUUUCCAAGGAAACUGCAAGACUCGAAGCUCAGGCUUUCGAACUCGAGCAAAAAACCGCUCUGGCUGCCGAAGCCAAGAACGUUCUCGACAGCUGGGUCCGUUAUGAGGGCCAGGUCAAACAACGACAACAGAAGGAGUUGGCCGACAGCAUUAUCGCCAAGGUUACCAAGGAGCUCGAGAAUCCCAAGGUUUUGCAGCAGAUUUUGAACCAGUCGGUGGCGGAUGUUGAGAGGUUGGUGGCUAGCAAGAGCCAGUAG